AUGGAGUCGUCAGAAAACAAUCAGGUCGCCAAGGUGCCUGCCUCGGUCAUUCCUGGUUGGGUUGAGCAGGAGGCCUUUGACUACACCGCUGCCGCAGGUGGUGGCAAUGACAUGAAUUGGGGUAGCAACGCUAGAAUCUACCAGUGGUGUGACGAGUUUGGAGAUGUCGGCCCCAAGUUCCCGGAGCUGGAGCUCGAACUUUUCGGCGACCCAGCUCUGCGCCACGACCGUGCCGGGCUGGACUUUUCCAAGAUUGACAUGAUCGAGGUGACCCAAGAAGGCCCUGUGAAGAUCAAUCCUAUUCGCUCCUUCAAGGACUCCGGUCUCCAUCCCGUUAUGAUGGAGAAUGUUGAACUGUCGGGCUAUGACUGUCCAACUCCCAUUCAGAAAUACACCAUUCCCGCGAUGCUUCAGGGUUAUGAUGUAAUCGGAAUCGCUCAGACAGGAUCUGGAAAAACGGCUGCGUACCUUAUCCCUAUCUUGAGCAAUCUCAUGGGAAAGGCAAAAAAGUUGGCUGCCCCUCGUCCGAAUCCGUCCGAGUUUCAGAGACACCGGGAUGAAGUUACUGCUGAACCUCUUGUUUUGAUCGUCGUACCCACUAGAGAGCUUGCGGUCCAGAUCUUCAACGAGGCCAGGAAGUUUUGUUAUCGCACCAUGCUUCGACCUGGGGUAAUCUAUGGCGGCACGCCAACAGGUGUCCAAAUCGAGCUUCUUCAGCGAGGCUGUGACCUUUUAGUCGGGACACCAGGUCGAUUGAUUGACUUCAUCAGCCGCCCAAGUGUUCUGACGCUCAAACGACUUCGAUAUUUGGUAAUUGAUGAAGCCGAUGAGAUGCUCGAGUCGGAUUGGGAUGAUGAGAUUCGACAAAUUGUUACGGGUGGAGAGCAAGACGAGGGAAACAUCAAGUACGGCCUCUUCUCGGCCACCUUUCCCAAGGCCGCUCGUGACUUGGCCAAGGAGCAUCUUUCGGCAUCCCAUGUCCGCUUUCGUGUCGGAAGGGCCGGAAGCACCACAGAGAAUAUACAACAAGCUAUUUUGCAAGCCGAGCGUAGUGAGAAGCGUGGUCUCCUUGUUCGCCUCUUGGAGGAGAGGCACGGCGUUCGCACCAUCAUCUUCGCGAAUAGCCGACAGGAAGUCGACAGCCUGGACGAUUUUCUCUUCAACGUGCAACUGCCCGUCACUUCAAUCCACAGUGACAGAACGCAGCUGGAGAGAGAGGCUGCCCUGCGGUCCUUCCGCUCCGGAAAAGCACCCAUCCUCAUUGCAACAGGCGUCAUGGCUCGGGGUAUCGACGUUCGUAAUGUGAUGCACGUCAUCAACUACGACCUCCCAUCAAUGGACCACGGAGGAAUUGAGGAGUACACCCAUCGCAUUGGUCGAACUGGUCGUAUCGGUCAUCGUGGCUUGGCCACAUCCUUUUUCAGCGACAGGGAUGAGCCUAUGGCGAGUGUACUUACGCGCACUCUACUGGAAACAAAGCAAGCGAUACCCGACUUCUUGGAAAUGUAUAUUCCCGAGGGCGGUAUAAAUGAACGGCCAAAAUUUGAGACGGAGUCAGACUUCGACCCUGACGACGUUGGAGCAAUUGGUGAUGACGGAGCCGAUGAUGGCGGGUGGGGUGUCCCAGCUGACAAUGCCGGAGUUGGUAACAAUGGGGUCACGGAGCGUCCUGCAGUCAGCACCGGCAACUCGUGGACGGCCGGGUCUGGCGAUGACACCGAGAACAAUGGUUGGGGUGCUUCCGCACCUGUCACUCAGACGUUGGGAUGGUAA